AUGAAUAACAAACCACCAAAAGUUGUUGUCACUGACAAAGAUCUUGCUAUGGAAAAUGCAAUACAGAGUGUGAUGCCUUAUGCCGUCCACCGCUUGUGUGCAUGGCAUCUUCAAAAUAAUGUCUACGUUAAUGCGCCCUAUCCUUCUUUUAAGAAAAAAUUUAAUGAGCUCCUUUAUCAAUAUUGUACCGAAGAAGAGUUCAAAGCAAUAUGGACCUCCAUGAUUUCUGAUUUUAACUUUGAAGAUAAGCGCUGGGUUUCCCAAACAUACAACAAUAGAAAGAGCUGGGCAGAGUGCUUUCUAAGGGGGAGCUUUUUUGGUGGUUUUAGAACUACUCAAAGGUCGGAGUCCAUUAAUUUUUACUUGUCCUAUUUCCAUACUAGUAAACUGAAACUUAAGGAUCUGGUGAGCCAAGUGGACAAAGCAACACAGGGGAUCUGUUACACAGAGAGGGAGGAUGACUUCAUUAGCAACCACACCUCCCUGAUUUUUCCAUCGAAUGUCCUCCACCAAUACUACCAAAAAGCAUCCAUAGUUCUCACUAGGAACAUUUAUGAGAAGGUUGCAACACAAAUCACGAGUGCUCUUGCAUACUCGAUCAACUCAAUUGAGGUUGCGUUUGAGUACAAGUUGUACUCCCUAACACAUUUUCCCAAAGGACUUGUACGGAGCAGGGUCCGUAACCACAACCACGAUGGCCCUAUCAACUGUACAUGCAUGUUGUUUGAGUCUGUUGGAAUUCCAUGUCGACAUAUUUUUGCAGUGUUGAAGCACUUGAACCCCCCAUGCAUUCCAGAAACCUUAUUUAAAGAGCGGUGGAAGAAAGACGCAAAGAACAUUAUUAACUUAAACACUUUCCCCCACUCAAGGGUGCCAGGUGAUGUCUUUGUGAGUAAUAGGUGGGGAACCCUGACAUCACAAUUCAAUGCAAUGUGGGUACUCUGCUACAAAGCAGAAUGA